AUGGCCACCGAGGACACCUACCGUUCACUGGCCUCUAAAUUCCCCGGCAUGCGCUACCAAGUCGGUCGUGCAUGUGCUGCAGCAGGUUACCACGUCCUUUAUCAGGAGCUUGACCUCCUGCCUGAAGUGUCCAUCGCUGAAGAGGCGCGAGAAAGCGAGACAGACGGUGGGAGACUCAUCUAUGACGAGAUCAUGAGUUUCAAAUCUCGCUAUGCCAUUAUGGACGACUGCAAACGCACCAUUGAAUUGAUGGAUUAUGAAUGCCCGGCGUAUCUGAACGGUAAUACCGAAGUGCGAUGGCGCUUGGCAGCUCGACAAGGCAUCACACGGUGGUCCAACGACGACCUCCUUCCAUGCAUCAAAGAGGACAUGCAUCUUGGCCUCGAGGACCAAGAAGUAGACCAACGGCACGGCACACUGACUGAUGACGAGGCGAAGCUUCUCUACAGUCCUCUCCCUCGGGACCUGCCGACGGUGAAGAAGACUUUAUUGACACAGAUGGCCGCUCACGACGGCAACAUCGAACGCUAUGCCCAGCUCGCCAAUUCUGAAAGAACCUUGACGCAACUGGACCAGGACUGUGUCAUCCGUGGUGUCUUACAUCACACCAUGUAUGCUCGCUGGUGGGCGGACCAGAUCAAGAACGACACCAUCUAUGCUAGGUCUGCCCCAUAUCCAGCGAGCCAUAAUGGCGCGGCGCAUCAUGCUCAACGACGCUUCCGUGUUUGA